AUGUUUCACUGGCACCUGGAGACAUUGAUGGCCUAUGCCCAUCAGCAGAAGCUUCAGGCUGCGUCAAUCGUGAGCUGUGUGGGCUCCUUGCGCAAGGCAUCCCUGCGGCUGGCGGAUGCGACACACGACGCGCGGGACAAGGAGCUUCACUUCGACGAGAAGCUGGAAAUCACGUCUUUAGUGGGUACCUUGGGAUUGGAAGGUGGCCAUUUGCACAUGUCUGUGGCCAACAAGGAGGGCUGCGUCUUCGGCGGCCACGUCUUGCCAGGCUGCCAGAUCUUUACCACAGCAGAGAUCAUCCUGGUGCACCUACAGGAUCUGACCUUUAGUCGACGCCAUGACCCAGCGACGGGCUUUGGAGAACUGGUGGUGCAAAGGAACUGGCCACGAGUCGGCCACGGUGUGGUAAGCGGCCUACUUCUCUCAGUCCUUGCUUAUUUGAUCCUGAGAAAACCCAGCUGA